AUGGAUUUCGUUAAUGCACCAAUGAAUGGUCAACGGACUUUGAAGAAAACUGCCGUGCCAUUUUCGAGUGACGAAAGUAAAAUUGAUAAGCAUUUAAGAUUUAAAUUAUAUGAAGAAAAAAGUUUUUUCAUACCCUCUCAAUUAUUUGAAGUUGGGCAAGAGAAAACUUUUGUUGCCGAUGACGAUAAAAAUGUACGCGUACAAAUGAAACCGGUAUACGCAGCUCACGUUUCUUUAAAGGAUACCAUGCAGGCAGCGCUCUUAAUUCCAGGUGUUUUAGAAUCUAUUAUUUCCUACAUGAGUGAUUUGCGCAAAGAAAAAGAACGUAUAUCGAACGUUAUACAAGGAGAAUUGUGGGCAAAAAAAUAUGAAGAGUUGGACAAGAUCAUUUUGCCGGUUUAUUUAUAUUUCGAUGAAUUCGAAACACGAAAUCCAUUAGGAAGCCACGCAGGGGAAGAAAAAUUAGGAGGAGUAUAUGUAUCCCUUGCUUGUUUACCUCCCUACAUGGCUGCAAAAUUGAAAAAUAUUUUUGUUUCUACGAUCUUCUACGCGAAGCAUUUUAAACUAUUUGAAAAUGAAAAGUUUUUUGUAAAAAGUAUGGACGAUCUCAACUUCUUAUCUAAGGAAGGUUUAAAAUUUAAGUUGAAUGGGAUUUGCUCUGCUUCAAAUGAGGAAUGCCAACACAUGAUUGAAGAGAUUCAAUCUCUGUUAAGAACAGUAGCAUCUUAUGAAGCCGAUAUAAAAAAGAACAAUUUUCAACAAACCGGUAUUAAAGAAGAGUGCAUUUUUAAUGAAGUGAAUAAGUUUAAGAUUACUGACAAUAUAUCUUUGGAUUUAAUGCACGACGUUCCAGAGGGAUCCAUCGCUUAUACAAUGUCUAAAGUAGUAGACGGUCUAGUCAAAGAAAAUACUAUCACUUUAGACAUCAUAAACCAGCGAAUUGAAACCUUUCCAUACAGUGAGCAAGAAAAGUCGAACAAACCAAGGCCUUUAUUUUUUUCUCAAGGAAAAAAAGGGGGACAAAAGAUAAAGAUAAAGCAAUCUGCUUCAGAAAUGUUAUGUUUGGCGAGAUAUUUAGGAUUAAUGAUAGGCGAUCUUAUCCCUGCUGACAAUCACUAUUGGAAACUUUAUCUUUGCCUGAGAGAAAUUAUUGAUAUUUUAAUGUCUCCUGUGUUAGAUAAAGGACAAGUCGAAGUUGUUCGACAACUCAUAACGAAACAUAAUAAAAAAUACUUGGAAAUUUUUGGUAAACUGAAACCAAAAAUGCACAUAUGGCUGCAUUAUCCAAGAGCCAUAUUGUUAAAUGGUCCACUAGUUCAUUACUCGUCAAUGAAAUUCGAAAGAAAGAACAAGGAAUUGAAGGAAACUGCUGUUGGAACCACAUCUAACGUUAAUUUACCUUUGACAAUCGCGAUAAAGCACCAAUUAAAUUUGUGUUACAAUCUUGAAUUUUAUUCACCUACACUCGGGGAGAUUGUAUUAGGACCUGUUGACAACUCAAAUGCAAGCAACCAGUUUAAAAAUUUAAUUCCAAAUUUGCCAAAUGACAUGUCGGUAAUUACUCUGCAAAACGUUGAAAUUCUUGGAAACAAGUUUUCAGUAGGUACUGUAUUUGUAACAAGAAUAACCGAAGAAGGUCCUCAAUUCGGUGUGAUUAAACAAAUAUUUUACUGUAAAAAUGUUUACUUCGAAGCAAAAGAGUUCACUACAAUUUAUUUCAAUCAUCAGUAUCAUGCAUUCAGUGUGCACUCCAAUCCAAGUAAACCGAACUUAUUAAUAAACGUCGACUUAAUACCGAGAGUACCACCUUGUUUAAUGUGUAAGAAAAAGAAUGAAGAUUUUAUUGCAACUAGAUAUAGCGUUUAG